AUGCCGUUUCCCGCGCCUCUUGACACCACUCCUGAUAUGCUUAUUUCCGGUUUAACCAAUUACGUCCUACUCUACAACGUCCUUGACUAUCCGGCUGGAGUUCUUCCUGUGGCCAAGGUGAGUGCGGCAGACGUCAAAGCGUCAAAAGACGCAGAGGAGGAGUAUCGUCGAAAGGGAGAUUGGUUGAACGCGAAAAUAUCGAGUCAGCAGGAGGGUACACAGGGACUGCCGAUUGGGUUGCAGGUUGUGGGCAAGCCGUUGUGUGAGGAGAUCGUACUGAGAGUGAUGCGUGAAAUUGAGCGAGGUGUUUCAGAUGCGUGA